CGUUAUUGGGCACGACAAGCAAAAAAGAAAUGAGCGUUUUGACUUUCACAUUUAAAGUUCUUACCAUUUGCGGAUGUUGGCUACCAAAUUCGUGGACGUCAUGGUACAAACGUAUCCUGUAUGAUGUAUAUACAAUCCUCAUAGGUUUGCUAGUAAAUACAUUUACGUUGUCACAAUUGAUGGAUUUAAUUCUAUCUGUGGACAACGCUGACGACUUCGCCGAGAAUUUCUAUGUGACGCUUGCCAAUUUCGUGGCAUGCUGCAAGAUGUUUAGUUUAUUGAAUAAUCGUAACAAUAUUGCGAUGCUGAUCGACACUCUGAUGAAGAAACCAUAUAGGCCUACUGAACACGAUGAGAUAAAGAUUCGACAGAAAUUUGACAAAAUCGUACAUCUAACGAAAAAGAUGACAAAGAAAAUCCAAAAAUGUUUAUUUUACAGAACAAAUACGCUCUACUACGCAACUCUGGUCGAAUUGACAUGUGCAUUUGCUUUAGUAACACGUGUGUUUGAAGACUACAGAAAACACAGACUAGCUUUCCGAGCAUGGUUACCGUUCAACUAUUCUUCGCCGAUGCUAUUUCGAAUCGCUUACGUUCAUCAAUCGAUAAGCUUGACGGCUGGAUCGGUCCUUCAUGUUGCUUGCGACAGCCUAAUUUGCGGAUUAUUGAUGCACAUUUGCUCUCAGCUGGAAAUAUUAGAGUGUCAUUUGAAAAAAAUCGUGGACAAGCCACAUUUUCUUCGUGAAUGCGUCGUACGGCAUACAUGCAUUUUUCAAUUCGCAUUAAUGGUGAAUGAAAGAUUUAGAUUAACAAUCACCAUCCAGUUUUUAGUGAGUAUGUUAGUAGUGUGCUUCAAUCUGUAUCAGCUAACGCAGACGAGCAUGUUAAGUGCGAAAUUUAUUCAAAUAAUGUUGUAUAUGUUUUGCAUGCUGGCACAAAUCUCUUUUUAUUGCUGGUACGGAAAUGAAGUUAAGCUAAAG